GCCUCUCACAAUGCAGUUAUAUAUAAAUAUGUAUAUAAGGGAUUGUUUAAGGUAAUAACAAGACAUUACAGUUCUUCAAUAUGCCUACUAGAGGUUCCUGGGGUUCUUACAGUGUACGAAGUUUUCUUGAACUAGUUUACCGAUACAGAUUUCGCUCAAACAAUGUUUCUCUUAGACAUGGUUCUUGUUCUAGCUCAAAACUAGCUAACAGUAUUGGAUAUGGGCAUCCAAUGAAUCAAGAGUUGCAGAUGUUCACUGCUAAUGGUGGAACAUGGAAAAUCCAUGAUGCCAAGAAAUUGAAGGUUAUCAAGGAUGACAUGGUUAGACCAUCAGUGCCUGAUCCUCCAAGAUUUAACUUCCCUACUUGGGCAAAAUGGGUGUUGGGUUCUAUAUUAUCUCUUUUUCUACCAUUUUGGAAGCAAAAGUGGGAGAAGUUGAAGAUGAUAGAAGGACAGGCAGAAAUUGUGUUAGAAGAGGUUGAAACUGUAGCAGCUGUAGUAGGAAAGGCGGCAAUGGCGGCAGAGAAAUUUUCAGCAGAGGAGGCAGAAAAACUCCCUGACAAUGGAAAACUUAAGAAAGCUGCUUUGCUGGUAGAGGGUAUUUCAAAAGCAACUGCCCACGAUGCUCAACUAACAAAAGAUUUCAUUCACAAGGUCGACAACCUGAAGCAUGACUUGGAUGACUUGGAGACGAUGGUUGAACCUGCUAUUGAAAAGCUUAUACACCAUAAAUCACAAGUAAAAUAGGGAAAGAAUAUACAUGUCAGAAGCCAAUGUACAGGCAACAGUAAUAUUCUUUACGAAACAGAAGAAUCUGUUUCUCUUUUUUUGGAUAUUUACAUUUAUUA